AUGGAAGACCCCCCGUAUGUCGCAUGGAUGAAGGAGCAGCAAAAGCAGGGGAAGCCGUCCCCUUCCAUCAAGCGUAUUGCAAAGGCAAAGCGUGAAUCUGCUGGCGCCAGCACUAGCAGCGGUCCUGGGCAUGACGACGACGAAACUGGGGGCGACACAGACGUCAGCGACGACGAUCUUGAGGAGAUCGUGUCGGAAUCGGACAGUGAUGCCGAUUCCGACAACUACAAGGCCGGCAGUGACGACGAAGAGGAAGAUUCGGACGGUGCCGAAGUAGGAAGCGGUGACGACCGCAGCACGCGUCGAUCGAAGAAGGAGAAGCGCCCGCCGGCGAAGCGCAACAAGCAAGUGUGGUCAGACGCAGAGCUGACAUCACUCGCGGCCGCUCGUUGGAACACGAAGGACGACCUGAAGGCGAUGCAAGGGAAGCAAGGGAGCCAGUACUGGAAGAAGUUGCGAGCUCAUAUGGUUGAGAGGGACGACACGUGGGACCGCGAUGAGGGGCAGAUGUCGAAUGCAUGGAAACGUCUCGAGAAAAAGUACCUGAAAACGAAACGGUCGGAGACGCAAAGCGGGGGGAAAGCUAUUACGAAGAAGCCGUGGUGGGAUUACGUUUAUCAUCUCAAGAAACACUCGGCUAAAGCCAAUGCCCACGCAGGGACGUCAACGCGGAAACCGACGUGGAGCGGCAACACAAGGGACGUCAACGCGGAAACCGACGUGGAGCGGCAACACAAGGCUGGCUUACGACAGCAGAUGGCCAGUCCGCUCAUACCACCUGCGGCGCCCGCGACUACGCCGCCACCAGCACCGCCUGCAGACGCAAGCGACGCCAACAUGGCGGGGUCGGAGGAUGUGGCAGAGCAGCACAAGCCUCAGCACGCGGUGGAUGACACACGGUGA